ACUAGAAUGAAUCACUAGAAUCAUCACAAAAAAAAUUACAAAAAUGGCAAGUCCAAGGACACGUCGAGUUUUGAAAGAAAUUAAACCAAAAGAGGAUAACAACACGUGUUUCGAAUGUGGGGGACACAAUCCACAAUGGGUCAGUGUCACCUAUGGCAUUUGGAUUUGCCUCGAAUGUUCAGGGAAACAUCGUGGUUUAGGGGUUCACAUAAGUUUUGUGCGUUCUGUGACAAUGGACAAGUGGAAGGAUGUAGAAUUGGAAAAGAUGAAGGUCGGAGGAAAUCGAAAAGCUAAAAUCUUUUUCAAAUCUCAAAAAGACUUUAAGCAAACUUGGUCAAUACAAGAAAAAUAUAAUUCAAGAGCAGCAGCUCUUUAUAAAGACAAGAUAUGUGCUCUUGCUGAAGGAAGAGCAUGGUCAGAGGAGUCAUCUUCUGCGCGUGAUUGGACACCACCAGUAGCAAAUAAUUUUACAAAUAAUUUAUCACAUGGAAAUUCUGAAAAGUCUAAAAUGUCUAGUACUUCAUAUAAGGCUGGUGGAUCAGAUAUGGAAUUGAUGUAUGGCUUAUCAAAGGCUGAAAUUGAUUCACAAAAGAAUCAGUUUUUUGAAAAGAGAAGACAGGAAAAUGCUUCCAGGCCAGAUGAUCUGCCACCAAGCCAAGGUGGAAAGUAUUCUGGUUUUGGCUCCACACCAGUUAACCAAACCAACGAAAACCAAUCUUCUGGCUGGGAAACCGCAUUAUCAUCGCUAUCAAUGGGCUGGAAUAGUUUUGCUGUUACUGCUACUGAGAUCGCAAAACAAGCUACGGAAGAGGCUGUAAAAAUUGGUGGCGUCGUCAACGAAUCUGUCCUGAAGCCAACAGCAAAUAAGGCAACUGAACUGGGAAGUUCGGUGAAUGAAAAUCUGAAGAUAGUUUCAAACAAGGUGCAAGAUGGCACAUUGGUUAACGAUUUCUCUACAUCAAUGUCUGGCAUUGCAAGCAAGGUAAAAACCGCCAGUGUGCAAGGAUGGUGGAAUGUACAAUCGUACUUCGCUCCUACUGAAACAGGCACAGAUAGUUUGAAAGAGCAGCAAACAGGUGUGUCUUAUGGUAGUUUAGAUAAAACUACAGCCGGGAACACUGAGCAUGAGGCUGACGAGUGGAACUGGGAUCAUGAACAGAUGCUGGAUGAACCGGAAUCCGGCGAAGAUAAAACAAAGGUCAGUAAAACGGAGUCGAAGGAUGAUGAUGGCUGGGAUGAUGCCGAAUGGGGGGAGGCAUCCAGUUGGAGUAAUGAAAGCUGGUCAACAAAUGGUGAUAUCAAAUCAAAAAGGACUAGCAAGAAGGGUGAUUAGAAGAAAUUUCUGCUUUCAAAUUAAGGUAUUUCUAGAUCAAACGAAAUAUAAUAUCAGUAAUAUAACAUCUGCUCAACCAUGCUCUUGCAAUGGGAAGAUAAGCCUAUAUUUCAACUCAAUGUGAUGAGUAGCCUUCGUGGCACUGGCUUUAUCAUGUACUGAAGUUUACGAUAACUGCAUGUUUUGAAUUACAUCUCUAUAGAAAUUAUCAAACAGGUUUUUAAUGAUAAUAACAUUACACAUGCAAAUAUAAACAUGGGUAAACGGCUUUUAUAGUCCCCAUUGCAAUCACUGCUUAUAUUUCCUAUCAUGUUCUUUAGUAUACACAUAAAAACUGACAAGUUUGAACAAAGCCAUCUCAUCUUAUCCACCUUUCUUUGAUUUCGCCUCUCGAAAUUAAAAAAUCAUUUUAACCUCUGGACCCCAACCUGACACCCUGGAUGCCCGACUAUUGUUCAAACUUUAUUUUAUCCCAUUUCCAUGCGUAUAAGUAUAUAUGAUUGUAUUUAAUUAAUAUAAAAGAAUAUUAGUUUAUUUUGCAAAUUACAUGUAUGUAUUAUAAAUUAAUUAAAUGGCCUGGUAUUAAAGUUACAGAAGCGUUUUUAGGUGGGACUUGCAGAGAAAUAGUUCGCUAGUGAAAUAUUUG